ACGUUUCCAUUUGACGUCUUCAAGCAUAUUGUCAAAAGCUGAAACAUUUUCAUUGGAGUUGAGACGGUGUUUUCAUUUGGUUUAUGCAAAAAUACAAGAAUAUUCAGUGAAAAUGCCGACUUAUGAGAUGGUUUUGUUGUUCCGGCAAUUGGUUCGGCCUGAAUUCAAGGCAGCCGUAAAGCGUUCAGCCGAUCUAAUUUUCGACCGAGGCGGUUUCAUUCGGAAAAUCGAUUACUUGGGAUUCAACAAAUUGCCAUACAAAAUCAGUAAGAAUCGUCAGCCAUAUCGUGAAGCCGAACAUAUUGUUUUCAAAUUCGAUGUGAGCUCACAAGUGCAAGAGGACUUGAAAGAAGAGGCAAAUCUUGAUGUUGAUGUAGUUCGUUGUAAAAUUUUCCCAGUUGAACAACCAAAGGAAUUCGAAUGCACACUCGAAACAGAACUGCAACCAGUUGCAUAUCGGGAGGAUGUCAAGAAACUGCUGCAAAUGCAAGACAAAGGCAAGAAGAAGAAAUGGUUACCACAAAUGGGCAUCGAAUACUACCCAUUCCAGCGGUAGACUUUUUUUUUGUAUCUACUCCAAAGAACACUAGUUUAUGCUUCGUGUUAUGAAAUAUGUUUUAGUAAAUAAAAGUUUAUGAAUGGCGUCCGUUAAUGGCCCAAAGGGAAAUGGAA